UGUUAUGUGAACGUGCAAAAUAGAUGUGCGCUUAGCAGAGUGGCAGGCAGCCAGCAUGUAGUAGCAGCCAUCGAAUAGGCAACAGGAAUAAACACCGAAGCUUAUAAACAGUAAAACACUGAAAACACAGCUCUUCGUCGUGUGCGAAUAUUCUCCGCGUUUUGUUAUGUUUUUGUCUUAUGUGAGGCGAGUUGGAUUAUUGCGUUCGCCACUGCCGCGUUAAUUGAACACUCGUUUUUACGCUUCGAAUUAGCUGGAUGACGUAGAUUGUGACAAGCUUGUUGUUUCAAUGCAAUAAACAUUUUACUAAUCGAGAAUUACUUGUGAUGUUUCAUUAAAAUUCAAUCAAAAAAUACAUUGAUAUUUCAAAUGAAUAUGUGUGAUUUGUAAUAUCAUUUUAAAGAAAAUUGUCGGUAAUGUAUCGUGGUACUUAUAAAGAAUAUGCAAUUCAUACAUUAAAGUUGGAAUUUAAAAAAAGCAAAAACGCGCGCGAAAGCCCUCAACUAAAAGCUUGUGCAGCGUGCUGUGGCAUAAAAAGGCGAAAAUGACAUGGAAAAAACGUAGAAAAUUUUAUUUCGCGUGACAUUUCUAACAACGAGUCGUUUACCGUAAUCAGAACGCCCAUACGUCCCCCUCGAGCCAGCAAUAUACAAUAUUUUAUAUAUUAUUUUCUUCAUGUUCUUUGCGUAUUUUGCCUUGCGAACGCUUUAUGCUAUUGUUGACGUGUCGGAGGGAAACAAUCAGAAAGUCAGACAAGCAGUGUCGCAAGUGACAACAAAAUAAAAACUAAAAGUGAAAAUUCAGCAAAAAAAAAAAAAGUAUGGUAUUUAUAAAGUGACAAUUGAAACAGAAGAAUAUAGUGAAUAUUGUGAUUUUUGUGUGUGUGAAAGCAUUUAGAGUAUUGUCAAAUAUACAUACUUAUUACGUAUGUAUUUGUAUAAAAAUAAGGCGAAAUAAAAGCGACAUUCCACAGAAACAAAGAACUCAAGUUCAAAAAUGUCAUUCCUAUUUACACUUAAGACAAUCGCUACUGAAGCAGAUUAAAAGCUUUGGAGGAACGUUGUCGCCGACAGUCUUAUCAAUCCAAUAGCAUUGAACUUUUCCACUCAGCGCCACUGAGUCGUCGUCUCAUCAACUUCUUAAACAACAAUGUGUGACACUUGUCGAUUCGGAUGCUGCCAAAAAUUCUGAAUGCUGACAACAAUAACAUUACACCGUAUUCCAAAUUAACUGAUAAGAAUUUGUAUUCAUCAAAGCGCAAAAGCUAUCAAUGCAAAGUAAUGCGUGCACACGAAUAACGCGCGUGGUCCAUCCAAAUCCAGUUUUGAGUGCGUGAAUUGAUACUGUACACUUCAAUAUAUAUAUUUAAAAGAGAAAUAUAUACCCAAAUCGACGAAAAGAAAUAUCCUAUUGUCUUAUCUAUCGAGGUAAAUGCGCGUUUCCAUUAGAAAACUGCCAGCUAACAAUCGAAUAUUUUCGUUUAUGGGUAGAAAAAGGAAAUUCACACGUCAUCCACAUCAAAAUUUUGAAUAUUUAUGUUUGCCUCAUAGCCUUGCGCUUUCGUUCCCUUGGUACUUCGUCCUUGUGCGCAUACAAAUUACUAUCGUUUCGCUUUCGUUUUUGGUGCAAAUUUUGAUUUUACUUUUCUAUCGUCUGAACGCUCUAAAUAAAUUUAAAAGUGCUACAUUUCUGCUGAAGAACUCACACAGCUUCAAUUAUAAACGACGAGAACUUUUGCUUUGAUAUUUCGCGAUUACUCGAAUUAAUUAUAAUAUAAAUCCGAAUGCAAAGAUAUAUUAUCAGUGAAUAAAACUGUGUGCAUACACUUGUAAUUAAUUAUAUGUACAUAUAUUUAUGUAUACGUACAUGUGUGUAUACAUUUGAACUAAGCAAGGCUAAAAUAUAAAUUAUAAAAAAAUUGUGAUAUUGUAUUUAAGUGUAAAAACCUGCGAAUAAAUAAUAGUAAUAAGGUAAAAUCUACGUAUAGAUAAAAAAGUAUAUUCUAAAAUCACAAUCAUCUUCGGCAUUUGAAGAAAAAUAUAUAUGAAUUUGUGAUUAGGUGAAAAAUCACACAUUAAACACGUUUCAGGUGUACAUAUAUUUAACCAAGAGUUUCACUUCAAAUCGCAUCAAAAUUGUUUAUAGCAGCUAAGACAAAUUUUAUGUGGCAGCAUUACGGGCUCCUAUACCUUAACUGAAAUAUCGAAAAUUAUUUUUGGAAACUUGGUUUAUUAAUACGAACGGAAAAGUUAUAAAUUCUCCAAAAUUAAAAAAACAAAAGUCAAACUAAAAUAUUUAAUUUGAAUAGCAGAGACGUAAAUCAUUUUUAUACCUCAAACACUUUAAGCUAAGGGAAAAUUGUAUAAAGUACUUAAGUGUUCAGAUUUAAUAUAAGUUUAGCAUCUAUAGUAGAGCGCUAGUUGAUUAUUAUAUUAGCUUAAGGAGUUGUAUAGCUGAAAACCAAGUAGCUUCAAGCAUCUGUACAGACAACACGAACCCAAAAAUUGUAUUCUUUAGCUCUUCAAUUUUACACAACUCUUUCUAUACGACAACAGCAACAACAGCAACAACAACAACAACAACAACAACUUAAAGCAUCAGAGCGCACACGCGAAACCGCUAUUAAAUCAAGCUCAACCAAACCCAACUAAAUUCGGCAACCCGCAACCCCUUAAUUAUCAUUAAAGCCGCCACCACGUAUACCACAGACACAAUAGAUUCCUUCAAUAUGACGAUGAGUACAAAUAAUUGUGAAAGUAUGGCAUCAUACUUUUCGAACUCCUAUAUGGGGCCCGAAAUGCACCAUGGUCACUAUCCGAGCAAUGGUGUUACCGAUCUCGAUGCGCAACAAAUGCAUCACUACAGUCAGCAUCCAAAUAAUCAGGGCAAUAUGCCCUAUCCACGCUUCCCGCCCUACGACCGCAUGCCCUACUAUAAUGGACAGAGUAUGGAUCACCAAGGUUAUUCUCGGCCCGACAGUCCCUCCAGUCAGGUGGGCAUGCCACAACAGCCGCAAGUCAAUGGUAGUCCGCUGCUGCAGCAACCACAACCACCCCAACAACAAGUGGCACAGCAGCAAGUGGCGCAACAGGUAUCACAACAGCAAGCACAAACGGCGCCUCAGCAUCAACAGCAUCCGCAAGUAACGCAACAAGUGACACAUCCAGCCCAACAACAACAGCCUGUCGUAUAUGCCAGCUGUAAAUUGCAGGCCGCAGUAGGCGGACUGGGCAUGGUGCACGAGGGCGGUUCACCUCCGUUAGUCGAUCAAAUGGGUGGUCAUCAUAUGAACGCACAAAUGACUCUGCCGCAUCAUAUGGGACAUCCGCAAGCACAGUUGGGUUACAAUGAUGUCGGAGUUCCGGAUGUUAAUGAGGUCCACCAGGGUCAUCAUCAGAUGAGCAUGUAUGGUCAACAACAAACCGGAGUUCCAACCGUUGGCGGACCACCACAAGGUAUGAUACAUCCGGCGCAGGGUCCACCACAAAUGCAUCAAGGUCAUCCGGGUCAACACACACCCCCAUCACAAAAUCCAAAUUCGCAGUCAUCAGGGAUGCCAUCACCAUUGUAUCCCUGGAUGCGCAGUCAAUUUGGUAAGUGUCAAGAACGCAAACGUGGCCGGCAAACAUACACUCGUUACCAAACGCUAGAGCUGGAGAAAGAGUUUCAUUUCAAUCGGUAUCUCACCAGGCGGCGACGGAUCGAGAUUGCCCAUGCACUUUGCCUCACAGAGCGACAAAUAAAAAUCUGGUUCCAAAACCGACGAAUGAAGUGGAAAAAAGAAAACAAAACAAAAGGUGAACCGGGUUCUGGUGGUGAAGGCGAUGAAAUCACACCGCCUAAUAGUCCCCAAUAAGGCGCUGAUAACAAGUCAAACUAGGAGUUGCACUUCAUCAAACACCACAAUAAAAUAUGGAGAAUCCCAAUAUGAACUUUGGCGUAUCGCAGCUUAUGUUUGUUUUGCUAUUUUGGUCCAUAUAGAAUGCGGAUUAGUGAAAUUAUACACCUGCAAUACGAUGCUGAUGGAAUUUUGUCGGUAAACGAGUCCAGGGCUAGGGAUGACGUGUAAUAUUAUUCGUUUAUUCCAUUGGGCGUUACAUAUUUACUAUUUAUGACAAAUUUUGUAGUCUAAAGUUGGAUAAGUUUUCACACUAACUAUGAAUUAUUUAUUCAAUUGCAAAUAGAGGUGUAAUUUAGCAUUGAAUAUACAUACGUAUAUAUACAUACAUAAAUUGGAAAUAAAAUUGAAAAAGUAAAGCGGAUGAUACAUACGUGUAUUUGAAAAUAUUUUGUACAAUUUUUGCAAAGCUGUAAAUUUACUUAGUUAAAUCUUGAAGAAGAAUUGUUAUUAUUUUAUUUAAUUGCGUAUUAUGAUGAUUUGUAAUAUAUGAAUAUAUAUUUUUAAUGGCAGGCAUAUAAAAAGUGUAAACGGUGUUAUUAGCUGGAGCAAUAAUUACAUAAGUUCAUUAAAUAAAUGGGUAAAUAAAUAAACUAAACAAAACCAACUCAUGUGACCUCAACUUUGAAUAAGUUAUUGAUUAUAUAUUAUACUAUAUAUAUAUACUGUAAUAAUGAUAAAAAUAUAUAUAUAAUAUACGUACUCUUACAAGAUAUACAUGAAUGCAAAAAUAUGGGGAAAUUAAAUGAAAACUCAAAAUAUUUAAUUUAAUAA